AUGGCAUUGCAGACGGAGGCACCGCUACGUUGUAAACGAUGCUCGGUCAAUGAUGCGGUUCUCAAGAUCCGGAUAGACCAUGUCUGCAGCGACUGUUACUGCCGUUUUAUUGCCACCAAGACGGUGAAGCGUCUCGAGGUGCUGAACCGAGACACCAGAGGCACCACACCACAGCAUCGCCAAAAGGUAGGGUCGGCCUCCGAAUGGCGGGCAAACAACAGCAAGGCGAGCUUUUUGCUCGGCUUGUCUUUUGGACAAUCCUCUGCGUCGCUCGUGGCCAUCUGUGAACAGAUUGUCGUCGGCCGGCUAGCCAAGGGCCGAGACGCAGCCUUCACGCUGCAUGUCGUGCAUGUCGACACCGAUCUCCAGAGUAGCGAAGCAGACAAGAACGGUGCUAGCAGCGAGCAAUCUCGCGUGACGCAGCUGCUGGACCGCUGGCGUCUGCGGUUUCCGCGCUUCACGUUCGAGCGUGUGCCGCUGGCCGAUGUGUUGGAGCUGAAGGCGAUGGACUGGUCCCUGCUGAUUCCCCCAGGAUCCGAAGAGAUGGAAGAGAACGGUGGCGCUGCUCCUUCCUCCCCUCUCUCCCCAGCUGGCCGGCUUCGUGCCAUGCUGUCCCGCCUGCCGUCAGCAUCGUCACGACAGGAUGUGCUCGACAUGCUCGUGCGGCGGCUACUCAUCGCCCGUGCUGUCGCGGCCAAUCAUCGCGCCCUCCUCCUUGGCUGCAGCACGACAGCGCUGGCCGAACGCACGCUGGCAGAGACGGCAAAAGGUCGCGGCUUCUCGCUUCCAUGGCAGAUUCACGACGGGCCGCCUGCUGAGGACACUGGUGCAGACGCUGACGGAUCGGCAAGGAGGCCUUCCACAAGCACGCUUCUGUACUACCCUCUGCGCGAGCUGUUUCGAAAAGAGCUCGUGACAUACACGGGCUUGACGCAGCCGUCGCUGGCAGAUCUCGUCUUUCCACCGCUGCCAUCGGCCGUGUCGCCCCUGUCCUCUGCGCCCGCCGCGACCCCUCCCGCCGUCGUCUCACACAAGCACCUCAGCAUCGAGGAGGUCAUGGCCCGCUACUUUGCUGAGGUCGAAGAGAACUACCCGUCGGUCGUGGCCAACGUGGUGAAGACGGCGACGAAACUGGAGCGUCGGGACGAUGUUGACGAUGAUGAGGACACGUGGACACGAGCAUCAGAAACCACAGGAGAAAGAACCACAAGGAGAAAAUAUCAUGGCUGUGGCAUGUGUGGCAUGCCGCUAGAUGACUUGGGGAACGAGCGGUGGAAGGGCGAGAUUGGGGAGCUUGACAAUAUAGACAACACUGGUAGCCAGCAGUCUUCAGAGCCGCGGAGGCUUUGCUAUGGCUGUGAAAGAUCGGUAAAAGGAUAA